AUGUUGUUCAAGAUGUUAGCACUUCUUGCGCUUCUUGCGCUCGUCGUCAUGGCUACGCCCAUCACCGAAGCCGCCACCAAUCUUGCACCCACGCCCAGCAUCAACGAUGCCCUCAGCAUCGUAGCCCGCGCGCCUAUGAAAGAGUUCACACAGAACAUGGAUGUGAACGACCCCGGGCCGGGAGGACGCCAGGAAAAAGGCGGUCCGAAGGAGGAAUCUUGGAUUGACAAAACGGCCAAUGCUAAGGCUGAUUGUACUCUUAUGUAA